AGUAGGAAGUGAAGUCUCCAUUUCAUACAAAUCUACUGUCACCAAGCUUGAGAAGGAAAUCAAUACUUCAGAAAAAUGUUCAAAAUAUACAGAAUCAUUGCUUCAUGAUAAUGUGCAAACAGGUGAAAUUACCAAGCAUUCUUUAAAAAACACUGAAAAAUAUUCAAGUUUUAGAGGGUUAUCCACAGCAGGUGGAAAUAAAAUCUCUAUUUCAGAAGAUUCUUUAAGAUUUGCAAAACUAUUUUUUAGUGAUGACUUAUUGGAAAGUAAAAACGCCAUAUGUGUUUUAAAUGACUUUAAACACUCGCAACUAAAAGACGUUUCAUCAGCUGAAGUGAAGGAAAUAAAUUUUUCUUCAAAGGCUUUAAAGUUUGCAGAAUCUCUUCCUUAUUCUGGUAUAGUAGAAGAUGAACAUAUAGAAUACUUAGAAAACAGUGAAAGGCAUACAGGAACCAAAACUUCUUCAGUUAUUGCUAAAAGCGAGGUGUCAGAAAUUAAAAACAAAAGUUUUCUUUCAUGUAACACUGAGCAACAUAAACUCAAAAGUUUGUCUGCAUCAGGUAGGAAAAAAACUGUCUCCGAAAAGUCUGUGAAACUUGCAAAUACUUUGCUUCAUGAUAAUCUACCAGUAAAUGAAAACAUCAAGGUUAACAUGAAAGAUAUUGAAGAAAAUUUAAUUUUCAGAGGGUUUUUAACUGCAAGUGGAAACAAAAUUUCUUUUUCAAAAAAAUCUUUAAAUUUGGCAAAAUCAGUUCUUCAUGAUGAUGUGAGUAGUGAAAAUACCACGUCUACUGUAAAAGACUUCAAACAAUACCCAGGUUUGAAAGAGAUUUCAACAAUCAAAAGGAAGGAAAUGAAUACCUCCAAGAAAUAUUUAAAAAUUAAUAAAUCUCAACAUAAUGGUGGUAUACUUAAAGAGGAAGUUAAAGAAAACAUUAAAAAACCUGAAGUACUCGCACAAUCUUCAGUUAUGCUAAAAAGUGAUUCAUCACAGGUUGUAAAUAAUGAACCUUCUCCAGGAAACACUGAGCAACAUACAUAUUUCAAAGGUUUGUCUGCAGCCUGUGGGUCAGACAUUUCACAAAAAUGUUUACAAUUUGGAAAAUCUCCGCUUUACAAUUAUUUACCAGCAGAUGAAAAUACCAAGCAAUAUUUAAAAUUUAACAAAGAAUAUUCAGUUUUUAGGGAGUUUUCAACUGCAGGUGGGAAAAAAAUCACUGUGUCACAAAAUUCUUUAAAUGCUGCAAAAUCUCUUCUGAAUGAGGACUUACUGAGAAGUGAAAAUACAGAAAAAGACAUUCAAAAACACAGAGAAUCAAAAGAGAAUUCAGCAACUGAUACAAAAAAAAGUUUUUUAAAGAAGUCUUUAAAGGUUGAAAAAUCUCUGGCUAAUGAUGAUCAUGAUGCACUGGGAGAUGAAAAUUCAGUAUAUUUAGUAAAUAUUGAAAAAUAUGGAGAUCACAAAGGCUUCUCUGCUAAGCUAAGUGAUUUAUCAAUUGACAGAAAUAAAUUUUUGAUGGAAAAUGCAAAGCAGCAUAUGAACUUUAAUGGCUUGGCUACAAGAGGUGAGAAAGAAAUUGUUUCAGAAGAAUGUUUGUCUUAUAAUAAUUUAUUAACAGAUGAAAUCACUAGUAUAACUACAGGCAGAAAUGAAAUCUCUGUUUUAGAAAAUCCAUUAAAUUUUGAAAAAUCCUCCCUUAAUGAGAUCUUAACAGAGAGUAAAAAUAUUGUACCUGUUUCCAAAGAAGUUAAACAAAAGUUAGAUUGUAAAGAAAUUUCAUUAACUGAUUCAAAAGAAAUUAAUUCUUUCAUGAAAUCUUCAAAGUUUGCUAAAUUUGUACUAGGCGAUGCAGUACUUAAUGAGAUGAAUACAAAACGUUUAGAAUACAGUGAAAGGCAUGAACAACAUAAGGUACACAACUUUUCAGUUAUGGUUAGAGAUGAUUCAUCAGAAAAUGAGAAGAUUAAACUUUCCUCAGAAAACAGUGAACAACACUCAAUUCUCAAAGGCUUUUCAACAGGAGAUGGAAGGAAAAUAGUUGUUUCAGAGAAAUCUUUAGAGUUUGCCAAAAAUAUUUUUAAUGAAAAUUUGUUCAAAAAUGAAAACAUCGAACCUUCUGUGAACAGAGUUAAUCAACUGACAAAUCCUAGUAGUUUUUCAUUAAUUGGAGAGAAAGAAAACUUUGUGUUAAUGAAAGAGAAGUUAUCUGAGAAUGACAUAUUUGUUCAAAAAGAAUGGUCUACGUCUACUGGUAUAGCAAGUGAAUCAGAACACACACUUGCUUCAGAGAAAGUUUUACUCACAGACAAUUUACUUGAUAAUAAAGAUUUAGUAGAAAAAUAUAAACCAACCAGUUGUAUUUUGAAUGCAAAUUUAAACAGAGUAUCUAAAGCAUUGUUAAAGAAUCAAGAUGUUCCAUUAACUGAAAAUAAACAGUUUGCUUUGGAUGUGGAAAAAGAAGCUGAAAAGUCUGUGUGGUGUUCAGAUGAGCAUAAUGUAAUUGGAAAACAAUUACUGAGUGAAAUUCAGAACUUUGCUAAAAGAAAACAAAUAAAUUGUCUUAAUUCAGAAGUCACAAAAGUGGCUGACAAGAGGCAAACAUUGAAAAAUGAUAUGAAAAGAAAAGUAGCACAGGAGAAGAGUGAUUUGAUUUCUGUUGAAGAUACACAUUUGUCAAAAAAGCCAAGGCCUUCUGUUUAUCAUUGCUGCUUUCCACCCGAACAGAAGACCUGUAAAACACCAUUGCAUGUCAUGUCUUCUUCAGUCACACAUGACAGACGACCUGCCUGUUGUUCUAUACUUUCAGUGUCUAGUAAUCCACUUUACUUUCAGCCUGUUGUUGAUAAGGCCUCCUGUGAUCAAGCAUCUUGCAUCUCUGACUUCAAGAAAUCUACCUUCAUCACACCUUACAAAAAAACAAGCAUUAGCCCAGUUGUGCAUAGAGUAAAGCGACCACGGACCCCAACAGAAGAUGUAACUACUUUUCCUUGGAAAAAAAUAGUAAAGUGUGAUGACAUAUUUUCAAGAACAUACCUACAGAACAUGGUAUGCAGUAAAGUAUCUGAAGUAAAAGAUGCAAUAACAGGAAUUCAGCAACCACAAAACAAGGUUUUGAAUAGAGAAACAGGAAAAUCUCAAGCUAUAUAUCACAAUCAAUUGGAACUACACAAAAAAAAACGAGAAGUUGGAUAUAAACAACCAGGUGAAAAUCAAAAUAAAGUUCAUCAAGAAGAUCUGGAAAAAAAUAAAUUAUACUUUCAAAAAGAGGGAAAAAUAAGAAAUAGUGUAAAAAUCCAGGAAAAUAUGAAAUGUUUUGAACAAGAUAUAAAGUCUAUUAAAAUUCAGUCAAGAGAUCAGCCUCAAGGAAUAGUUAACUCAGGAGACCAAAUGCUGAAAGUUGGAUCAAUAAAAAUGAAUUCAGAAACUCGGAGAACAGUGAAAACUAACUUAGGAGACAACAAGACAGAGAAAAUUAAUUUAGCAGAACAGAACACCAUACAAACUAAUUCAAGAGAAAAGAAAGUUCAACCAGGAAUGUUGUGGAGAAUGAUUCAUAUGGAAAACCAUCUGAGAUUUAAACUAAAACAGUUAGCUGGGAAGAAGUAUGCUAGUGGAAAUCCUGAAAAGCUCAUUGCUGCAGGCAUUCAAAGGACAACACUUAUGGUUACAGCUGCUACUGCUGAAAAUUUUGUUUUUUUUCUGCCUGAUCAUCUUGGACAGAAUGCUUCAGAAAUGAACAGUGGCAUUCCUGUAGGAGAUGGAGCUCUUCUGUUCCCCACGGCUAACCUAACAGUAAGCAAAGAAGAAUUCUUUUGGGCUUUAUUGCACAGCCCUUUUGUUGAUCCUUCAUUAGUUAGUCGAUUAUGGGUUUACAACCAUUAUCGCUGGAUUGUUUGGAAAUUAGCAGCUAUGGAAGUAGCUUUUCCUGACAUCCUUGGAGGCAGGUACCUUACACUUCAUCAUGUGAUGUUACAGUUAAAGUACCGCUAUGAUAGAGAAAUAGACCACUGUGAAAGAUCAGCUCUGAAGAAGAUACUUGAGAGAGAUGACACUCCAGCUAAAACAUUAGUGUUAUGUGUGAGUAAUAUCAGAUCAGCCAAGAAUGAGAAAUUGAAAUUAGAGACAGAUCUUCAACAGAUUCAUGAAGUACAGGUGGAGCUGACAGAUGGAUGGUACAGUAUCCUGGCAGAACUUGACAAUCCUCUCAUUAAGAUUGUGCAGCAGGAAAGGCUAAAAAUUGGUCAGAAGAUCAUAACUAGUGGAGCUAAACUCAUUGGUUCUGACAGUCCCUGUUCUCCUUUAGAGGCAUCAUCUGAUUUAAAACUGAAGUUGAGUGCAAACUCCACAAGAAGAGCAAGAUGGGAUUCUCGUCUAGGAUUCUUUCAUUGUCCUAUUCCUUUUCCUGUGUCACUAUCAUCAUUAUUUCCAGAUGGAGGAAUUGUUGGAUGUGUGGAAAUUGUUGUUGUUCAACUUUAUCCAUUACAGUAUGUGGAAAAGUACAGUGAUGGAAGAAAUGUUUUUCGUAAUGAAACAAUGGAAGUAAUGAUUGCAGAAAGACAUCAAAAGCUUCAGGAAUAUUACCUGGAGAAGGUGAAAGCAAAAAUCCAGACUAACCUGGAGAAGAAGGAAUUGGAAAUGGAAAUGAAGAGGGACAAACAAAAGAGAUACCAUCAGCUGACAAAAUCUUAUGUUGAGAAAAUUACAUCUGGCAUGGAACUCUAUCAGCUCUUACAAGAUGUAGAUGAUCCUGCUUUUGUUGAGAGUAUUCUCAGUAAAUCUCAAGAGGAGAAUUUAAGAAGCUAUCAGCAGGAACUACAACAGAAGAGGCUUAGCAAAUUCCAGGAGCAACUAAAUCUUGCUGUUUCCAAAGAAAAAGAAAAAGGAGAAUUUCCAGAAGAUCGGGUUGUUGUUCCAUUAUUGAAAGCAAAAGUUUUAGGCAUCUCAUCAAAGGAUAGAAAACACAGGAAAUUUGCCAUAUUGCUCUUUUGGAAUCCAUCUAAGGAUGUCAUUCAGACGAUUGUGGAAGGUCAAAUUGUGAAACUAUAUCACUUAAGCAUAAGGAAGAGAAAUGAGAUGUUAGAGUUGUCAUCAACUAGGCACACUAGAUUAGAAAAACUGACUGAAAUUAAGAAUACAUUAAAGAUGGUCAUUGCUCCAAGACAGCCUGUAUCACUGGUGAAACUUUGCAAUCCAGACUUCAAGCCACUUGAGGAAGAGGUGGAUGUGGUUGGGCUUGUGUUCGGUGUGGAGUUAAAUAAUAACAAUACAAUAGACACCAUCCUUCUCACUGAUGGCAAGCUUAAUAUCAUCUCUAUUAGAUUAUUUGAUGGACUUCCAAGUAUAAGUGCAGAAGAAACCGUGAAGGUAGGAAGUUAUGUGGUUGCCAGAAACCUUAAGUUCCAACACAAAACUUGCUUAAUUGCCACAGAGUUAUCAAUAUUCACCACCUCAUCAACUAUUGCAGAGUUCCAAGAACUAAAAAGAAGCAUAAAGAAUGAGAAUGCCACAAUUCAAUCUGCUUUGAAACUCUUCCACACUAGUUCUUCCAGCUAUCACAAAAUAUCUGGUACACUGGCAGGGUGUCAAACUACUUACUCUCUGCAUCCCUUCACAUCACCUUCAUAUAACCCCACGUGUAGGCGGGCAUACCCAACUUAUAGUCCAGUAAGCCAUAUGAAAGAAGGUCAGCAGUCAUCUUCAACUGUAAGCAUUCCUUCAAGUUUACAUAAUAGAAUAUCUCAUUUGGAAAACUAUAGAAGUCCACCUUCCAUCACAAGUUUGACCUCACCAAUGUUAAAAAAAAAUUUCAAAUUGCCUUCUAAACUAGCAGAUAAUAAGUUCUGAAAAAUGCUCAUUAUGUACUUUCUACUAUGUACCAAAUAAAUAAUAAAUAUUUAAUCUAUGUAAUUUUUUUUUAGUUAGAAUGUGCUUUGUAACAUAUAACAAGUUUGACAAUAAAAGUUUACAUCCCACAGUAUAGGUGUAAACAUAAUCACUGCCUGGCUUUAAUAAAAAAUCAUAAUAAUAAAAUAUGACCUGUUAGUUUCAAACUCUAGGUUUUCUUCCUUCAACCAGUGACAUCAGAUAAUAAUCUCAACAUUAGAUAUUCCAGUAUGUUAUUUUCCAUCUUCUAAAUUGUUUCAUGAAACACACAGUCUGUUCCAAUCCUUUGAAACAUGGUGAU